AUGACAAUAAAUAAGGCACAGGGCCAAACAAUUCCUUAUGUUGGAGUUUAUCUACCUGAGCACGUGUUCUCCCAUGGACAAUUAUAUGUCGCGCUAUCUAGAGGAACUUCAAUGUCAACUACUAAAGUACUUGUUAAGAAGGAUCAAACAAAUAUUAGAGGUGGUACAUACACUAAAAAUGUUGUCUAUAAGAAUGUUGUACUUCGAAGAGCAAUCGAGGAAUACACAUCAGGAACAAUGUUGAAAGUAGUUCUGAUGGAUGAUGGAACACAAAUUCAAGGUGUCUUAUUUAAUGAGCUCGUCACCAAAUUCAGUGAUUCACUAUUGCUUCAUAAGACAUACAAAAUUUCUAAUGUAACUGUAAAAGACGUUAAUCCUGUAUAUAGGAGUAUGCAUAAGGAGUAUGAAUUGAAGUUUCUUAAUAACACCUUAAUUGAAGUUGAAGAGUUUGAAGUAGUAAGUUUAGAAACAAUAAACUAUAAUUUUAUGGACUUCAAGGAGCUAAAUAAGUACAUUGAUGCAAAAGAAAAUAUGGAUGCUUGGGGAAUUGUUAUUGAGGUAUCUCUUACAUUGAACAUAUGUAAGAAAAACAACAAAUGCACAACCAAAAAGCGGGAAGUCAUUAUAAUAGAUAUGAGUUCAAGGACAACUAUUUUGACGUUAUGGGAGGAUCUUGCUGAGAAUGAAGGAAAUUUUGUCAUGAAACUAAUACAAGAAAGACCUAUUAUCACAGUUACACAUGUGGCAAUCAACACCUACAAAGGUAAAUGUGAUACCCCUCGAUUCUAG